AUGGCAACCAUCGAUUCCCAGAACCUCAGAGAAAUAUUUGUGCGCUUCCGAGUUCUAAUCUUAGGGAGAGCAAACGCAGGCAAAACAACCAUCCUUCAGAAGGUCUGCAAUACCAUGGAUCGCCCAGAGAUUUACGAUACCAAAGGAAAGAAGAUCGAUGCUGCCGUCGUAGAAUCCUCGAUCAAGCGUGGAACUCACGAAAUCGCAAAUGAAAUGGUCUUUAAAAGCAAUCCCGGUUUCGUCUUUCACGACUCGUGCGGUUUCGAAGCAGGUUCUGAAGAAGAAAUCGAGAAGAUGAAGAAAUUUAUCUCCGACCGCGUACACGCGACGAAAUUGGAGGAGAGAAUUCAUGCUAUCUGGUAUUGUAUUCCGAUGGACGACCAUUGUCGAACAUUCCAGCGGUCGGAAGAGAAGUUCUUCUUGGAGUGCGACACCGGGCAUGUUCCCGUGGUCGUGGUGUUCACCAAGUUCGAAGCUCUGCGUCCAGUUGUGUAUGGUGAAAUCAAGAAGCAACUACAAGGGGUAUCGGGCGAAGAACGCUCAAAGAGGAUUGCCGAGGGCGUCGAGGAACUGUUCACUAAGACAAAUGUCUUGGAUCGGUUGUGCAACCCUAAAAACCGGGCUCGUCCCAAGUCCUAUGUGCGCUUGCAGAAUAUGAACAGACCAAAUACAAACUGUAACAUUCUACUGGAACAUACCACUAUCGCAUUGGACAAUAAAGAAUUGCAGUUGUGCUUGAUUUCGACACAACAAUCAAACAUGGAGCUUUGUAUCAAAUGUGCUAUCGCGUGA